AUGGCUGACUACACCGACGAUUCCCUCACCGAGGGCGUCUGGGCGUCACCCCAACCCGAAGGCGAAAGCCCCCCUCCAUCCGAUCGGCCCAAGACCCCGAACACACCAAAAACCCCAAAGACACCAAAGACACCUGCAAACCCAAACGUCACUUUCGACAGAGAAGCGGCUUUGCGGAAAGAGCUGGAAGGCGUACGCAACAUCAAUGCGGCCAUCGAGGGCAUCAUCGCCACCCUAGACAAGGCCAAGGGCAACAUGAAUACUGUCGGCGGUACCGUAUCUAACGCGUCCACCCUCCUCAACACAUGGACUCGCAUUCUUUCGCAAACCGAACACAACCAGCGACUCAUCCUGAAUCCCAACUGGCGCGGCGCUAGCAAUGACUUGGUGGAAAUGGAGGCCGAAGCAGUCCAGAAGCAACAGCUUGCCGAGAGGCGAGCCGCUGAAGAGGAGCGGCGGCGGGAGGCUGCUCGUCGAAAGAGAGAGGAGGAAGAGGAGGAGCGACAAAGACAAGCCGCCGUCGGCAAUGCGCCGCGUGGUCGAGUUGUCUCUCGCGGCCGGGCUCGGGGCACCGCAAGCACCACUCGCGGCCACGGCUACACGAGUAGCACAUCGAGGAUCGGCAGAGGCGCCGCGAGCAUUCGUGGUGGGUAUCGGGGGCGAGCUAGAGGUACGGAAUAA